CAACAGUUAGAAGAAAUUUGUAAAAUAAAAUUGCCACGUUUUCAAAAAUUAUGUGUACAAAUUGUGAUACAAAAUGGGCCAUCUUGAUUAUCAGCGAAAAUUAGAAGAAUUUCAAAGUGCACUCGAUGUUCCGAAAUGGUAUGCAGGUCUAUCCGAUUACCAGGAGGAAGCCAUCAAAGAGUUGUGCAAUGAUCUGCGCGACGAUUUCGAGCAGGGCACAAGUUUUCGUGUGGAGAAGAUCCUAAUGCGUCUCGGCCUGAGUCCAAUGAUCAGCAAAAAGAAAAUCCGCACCAUGGUGCAAUUGAGCCGUGGCAACGAUCUCGCCUUUCUCUUCUUCAUACUCGAUGGCUAUUAUGUUAGCUGCCGCAAGAAUGGAGAAUACACAACGAACGAGAAGCUGCUAAUGAUUGCAAUGGCCAAAAUUGAUUUGUUGCCCACAUUGCGGGAAUUGGAUAGGAUAUUACCGCCGCCGCAGCUCAGUGAAUUGGAACUUAGGAGACAACGGGGAAGUACGACAAUCCCAGGGAAUUCCAAGCCCCAACUAGAGCAACAAGCGACGCAACCAAAGAAGACAAAUAAAGGCACAAAAUCCCCAUACUUUCAACGUCAGCCACGGCCCAAAGAAAUUGUGGUUAAGUACACCAGUAAACCACCCCAAAUGAUAGCGAAAUUCCCAUUUUGGCCACUGGAUCAGCCACCCAAUUAUGGCAAACCAACCGAUCCGCCCUGGUUUGCCGAUUACAAUUUGAAUCCAGUUAAUCGACUGGUGAAGAAAACCGUUGGCGAAGCGGUCGAUAAAUACUUCAAUCAUCUCAAUCACAUGAAACAGCUGGAAUCCAAGGCUCGGAUCAGUCGCCGAGCAGCGUUGGCUUUGCAGAAGGCCAUGAAAGAGGACACCGAUGAGCCGCAAUUCUGUGCCUAUCAUCGUUUUGCCGUGGGCGAGGCACAGCUGGUGAAGGACGAACUGGUUGUCCUGGCACGCGAUCGCUGCAUCGAAUUGAUGGAUGUGACACUGCCCUAUCGGAAGUUGCGACAACGUCGCAUUCUCGCCCAGCUCGAACAUGAUGUGGACUGUUGCAUGAAACGAUAUGCCAUGAAAAUGGAGAGUGCAACGGUGCACACGAUAACCAGGAAAUUCGAUUGUGUAAUCUGUCAGGAGCAGCGAGUCGAUCUGCCUGUGGCCAAGCCACACGAGAGAAAGGGUCGAGCCCUGGUGGGCGACUGUCUCAAUUUGGCACACACUGAGGCGACCGAGAAGUGUGUGGGUGAACGUCUAACGGGCGGUGGUCUACAUCGGCAGCCCAUCGAUUUUAGGGGUGAACUGGGCACCUGUAAGAAAGUAACUGAUUUUGAUGCUGUCUACUACGAGCCGGACCCAUCAUCGUGCUUGGCGCACAAGGGCAAAAAUCAGCAGCGCAUUUCAUUCCUCAUUGAUGACAGCAAAAUGAAGAGGCUGCGCAAGAAUCGCAAGGAUCCAGCGGUGGAGGUGCGCUAUCAGGGCAAGCAGACCAAGAAGACCUUCUUCACGGCGCCCGGCGAUCACAAGCCGUAUCAGUUCAAAUACAAGCGCAUCUUCAGAACCGGACUAGAGAAGCCACGCGAUGUCAAGAAGUUCAUUGAUCGGGCCUUUGUGAAUGCCCUGGACAAAGGCGAUGCAGCGCCAAAGCCGUCGUGUGAGAAGCCCUCAGAGAUCACCUCCGACGAAGAUGUCGGCCAGCUGGAAAUGGAGGUGAGUGGCCUACGGCUAACGGACAGUUGUGCGUCCUCGGAUGAUUCGAGCGAGCACAGCCAGCGCAGCCAUGAGGAUCGCCGGGCGGAGAUUGUCGAUGCUGUUGUGCGCUGUGCCAAGGACAUCUGGAUGAGGGGCGUCAACAUGAAACGGGCCGAAAUGGAGGCGGCCGAACAGAACGAGCAACAUCCUGAGACAGAGGCAAGAAAUCUCACCUUCGCCGUCGAUCGCAUUGAUCCCGAUAAUGCCGAGCUGAUGAGUCGCAUGCUCCAAGAAGGUAUGCAGGAGCUGCGCAAAAAUCGGCGAUUUGUGCUCGCCUCCUUGCCGGAGGCGCACAAGUUGCCCGUGCUGCAGGAGUGGAUAAAGCGACGCUAUGGCAAACUGUACACCGAGGAGGAGAUUCAAAAGAGUAUCCAGGACUCGCUUAAGGUAUUCGAAAUGAUAAUCCUGCUCCAGAACCGUCCACCAACCGCCGAUCUAAUGGGCAUGGAUCAAUUGCCGCCACACAAGGAGACUUUCGCCUACUACAGCCAUGCCAAGGCUCUAGCUAGCAAGGUGAAAGCCGAGUACUACAAAAAGCUAAACGAUAUGUAUAUGAAUCAUACGAUUGCCUGCUGGUAUGCGAUGGGCAACUAUCUGUGCCGUGGAGGACCUCCGAAGAAGACGUUCUAUGCCUACAUGUCGGCCAAUACGAGGGACAUAAUGCGCAAUAAAGUCUGGAAUGGCGAAUAUCGAAAUAUUCGACGAUUGCGCGACAUCUACAGAGAGACUCACAAGAAAUAAA